AUGGGCAACACUGACGGCGCGUUAGGAGCCAACACCCUGCUUGCCUACUUCCACUACUGCAAUAAGGGCAUCUACCCUUUCUCUGCCGAGUGCAGGGAUGCCGACCUUCGAAGUCUGGCAGAACUUGAUGACGAUGCCAUUGAGCUCGUUCACUACACCAGAAAGUACGUCGCGGAGCAUAAAGCGCAAUGGGAAAGCAUGUGGAAGAACGAAGGCGAUUGGAAGGAUCAGGGCCUCAAGAAGUACGAGGAUGAGUACUAUUAUGUGAGCCAAUUGUUCGAACCGAACUGGCAGCCACGCAACAUGGCCUAAGAGACCUAAUGCAGGUGCAGAGAAAGAGGAUGUGAGAAGGGGUCUUUGAGAGUUGACUUUGGAAUCUUUGUUGGAAACAGAUGGACGAGCCGGGCCUCUGAUGCUCAUGAAACAUUGCCGGCGGGGAGUUUGACGGCCUCCUUUGGGCUUCGCGCGUUCCCUUCAGCUUGUGUCACUUUGUACGACUACUCCUCUUGUCACUAUAGUCACCCCCCACCAACAGCAUUGUCGAUAGGGGAGGACACAGUAUCAAGUGUUUUGACUGUUCAUUCGACCACAGCGUCUCUGCCCAUUUGACACGGAGUGUGCAUAGUGACCGGAUUGAUCCGCC